GAAACCGAAGCGCUUACGGGGAAGGUGCUGUGUGCUUGUAUUGUGGGAAGUGUUUUGCUUAGAUUUUUUGGUGAAGAUCGGCAAAAAAAAAAAAGUACACAAAAGUUAUGUAAAAACGUUAACAUUUCUACUUUAUGCUCCUUAUUGAUUUUUGUGGCUGACGAAAAGCCGCACGUAACUGAAAAUUAAUAGUAGACUGAAAUCAGUGUUUCGCACUGCAACCUAUUUUUUCUUCAUACAAAAGUAUUUUUAACUAUUCAGCUUUUUUAACGAAAAGUUUCCAUAGUUUUAACCACUUUAAUUACAGCAACUCAAUGCACUAUUCAUCCCAAAGACGCUCUUUUUUAACGUACAUUUUGGUUUUAGAAUAAGCUUUUAAAAAGCGUGUCGUCUGCUUGCGCUAGUGCUUUACCGGCGACCAAAAGCUUUUCGUUUUAACGUGAUUUUAGGAGGAAUUUUAAAGGACUUUCGUGUUAACUGCACAAGUACAAGCAAGACGCCUCGCAAUGGAGUACCUGCUGCUUGUGAAGGUUUGUGCCCUCGUAGGCUUGCUGGCGCUGACCCUCUUCUUCGGCAUGUUACCCGCAAGACUGCAGUGGUUCCGAAACUCAAGUGGCACAGAAAGUCAUAGGAUUAUACUAGCCUUCGUCAGCUGCUUUGCAGGAGGUGUCUUUCUUUCUGCAUGUCUUCUGGAUAUCAUCCCAGACUACCUGUCUGAUAUUGGAGCACAGUUGGAAGCGCGAGCUGUUGAUACCGACUUUCCAAUCGCAGAGUUCAUAAUGGCUUCAGGUUUCUUCCUGGUCUUAAUUCUUGAGCGGUUCAUUUUAGAUUAUACUGGAAGAAGAUCUGGGGAGGCUACACCACUUCUUUUGCCUUCCUCCCAUAGCCAUGGGCACCACAGUCACCUUGAGAGUGGUGAACAUCAUGUGCAUGUUGAUGUCCAUGCUCACUCUUCUUUUCGUUCUUUUAUGCUGUUCCUUUCUUUGUCCUUUCAUUCAGUUUUUGAAGGUUUGGCUAUUGGAUUACAAACCACUGAUUCAAAGGUACUGGAGAUAUGUAUUGCCAUUUUAAUUCACAAGAGCAUUAUAGUGUUUAGCCUUUCACUAAAACUUGUGCAGAGUGCAGUACCCCAGCUUUGGCUGAUGGCCUAUCUUCUGGUUUUUUCUAUGAUGUCUCCACUGGGAAUUUUUAUCGGGAUCCUUGUGACUGAGGCCCACAUCAAAGCCGGACUGCUUGUACAGGCUAUCUUGGAAGGCAUUGCUGCUGGAACCUUCAUUUAUAUCACCUUUUUGGAAAUACUUCCACAUGAGCUCAACAACACUGAUCAACCUUUACUUAAAGUUCUCUUUAUUCUUUUGGGUUUUACACUAAUGGCUGGAAUUUCCUUCAUUGGAUAAAACGCCAAGGUGAGAAGGAGGCAAUAACUGUCAACAUGAAUCAAACUGAAAAAUCAUACAUGAUCUUUAAAUCUAUCCAGAUCUCAUCUGGUAUUGACUUGUUUAUAAGAAAGUUUUAAGAUCAUUCACACCACUGGCUUACUGAAUGAAAUGAUUAUAUGUUGUAAGUACUGUAUAUAUGUCAAAAUUAGUAGCUUUUAAAAAAUGUCACCACUGGUGCUAAACUAGUAUGAACUGACUGAUAAUCAAACUUUUGUAUGGGAGGAGGAAACGUAAAUAUAUUUAGAGAUAUAAAACUUCUAAUUCAAAUGAUUUUGAAGAACCGUGCUAAAUUAACAUAACCCUAUAACUGUUUUUAGCCCCGUUUUACAUACCAAAGCUACUGCUGUGGUAUAUUUUUUACAUAGGAUUGGUACAGCACCUUAUUGAUAAAAGAUGUUCUGAAGUUCGACUAGCACUUGUGCUUAGAUCAUUAAAAUGCCUAGAGUAAGUUUUCCUGUUUUAUGAAACAAAAUUAAACCAAAGUCUCUUUCUUGUAUUAGUUCAAAGCAUGUUUACAUUACUACUACAACCAUCAACCAUUUCAAGAGACUUCAGAUCUUUGGUCAGAACUGUACUGCUCUAUAGUGUAAUUCCAAUUCAGUAUUCUCAAGAGGCACUUAAUAAAAGUUACACUAGCUCUGUUAUUUUGUUUAUGCUAGUGAGCCUCAGUCUUCUUCGUUUCAGUGUUCAUGUAGAUGCAUUUUGUAAUUGUGUAUGGUUAAAUGAAUAAUAGCUUU